AAACAGAACAAAUUGAGGCUGCUUUUCAAGGCUUCCAGACUACUUGCAGGCAACAUUUGGGAUAUGCAGGCUCCAGAUAAGACAUGCAAACCUAGAUGUGUUCACAUGGUUUUGGGGGACCAAAUAAGUUGGAAUUUGCAGGGUGUAUUAUUUAAUGCAAGAAGCAAUACAGCACCAGCUAUUAGUUUUUGCCAAAGUUUUAGUUUCACUUUGAAUUGCACUAACAAUUAACAAGACUCAUGAUGUAUGAAAUAGGAGUUGAAGCUAUUGUCCAGACUUCAUAACUGUAAUUCAGUUGUUAAGUUUAUUGUUGGAAUCAAUAAAGAACACCUUCCGUUUCUCACCACAGGUACUGCUCAUUUUCAGACCAUGCAUCUAACCAAGUGGAUUAUGAUCAAACUGUAAGGGCAUUCAGUUGCAAACAUAUGUAACCAUGUCUGGUGAGCAGUACAAAGGAUUGGUAAAGCUGUCUGACCACAGUCAACAAACACUGAUCAAGAAAUGUCGAAUCCAUGAUGUGUAUGAAGUGGAACAUGCACCUUUUGCAAGGGGCAAGUUCGCGACCGUGCGCAAGUCGACGCACCGCGUGUCGGGCGUCACGUUCGCCGCCAAGUUCGUACGGCGGCGGCGGCGCGCCUCCGAGGUGCUGCACGAGAUCCUGCACGAGGUGGCCAUCCUGGAGCUGGCGCGCGCCGCCGCUGGCCAGCCGGGCAGCGAGCGCAUCGUGCGCCUGCACGAGGUGUUCGAGACGCCCACCGAGACGGCGCUCGUGCUCGAGAUGGUGCCGGGCGGCGAGCUGCAGCGGCUGGUGGACGUGGACGAGACGAUCGCCGAGCCGGAGGCGCGCCGCAUGCUGCGUCAGGUGCUCGAGGCGGUCGUCUUCCUCCAUGACAGGAAUAUCGCCCAUCUGGACCUCAAGCCUCAGAACAUCCUGUUGACGGGGCCGUUCCCCGGCUGUGACGUCAAGCUGUGCGACUUCGGCAUCUCGCGUCUGAUCGAGCCGGGCGUGGAGGUGCGCGAGGUGCUGGGCACGCCCGACUACGUGGCGCCCGAAGUGCUGCAGUACGAGCCCAUCAGUCUGCUGACCGACAUGUGGUCAAUCGGAGUGUUGGCGUACGUGCUGCUCUCCGGCCACUCGCCGUUCGGCGGCGACACCAAGCAGGAGACGUUCUGCAACAUCGCUCAGGGCCAGCUGGACUUCCCCGAGGAGCUGUUCGCCGACACGUCGCAGGCGGCGCUCGACUUCAUGACCGCCCUGUUGCUGGUCGAGCCCAGUGAGCGUCUGUCAGCGCGCACCAGCCUGCAGCACGCCUGGCUGACGCCGCCGCCGAGCGCUCCGCCAGCGCCGGCGCCGGCGCCCCACCUGCACCAGGUCAUCAUCAAACGCUCCGGCCGCGACGGCGACCCGGCCUCCUUCCCCAGCAAGAUGCCAUAUACCAUUUCAUGGACUGUGACGGCUCCCGAGACUGGACCGCCAAAGCCGUACCCGGACAUCUCGCAGAUAGCCGACUUCUCCGCGUCCCAGCAGCCCCAGCACGACGCGCCCGAGCCGCGAGUCAAGAAGUUCUACCCGGGCGUGCUCGACUCCAAGUACAUGCAGGCGGUGGUGCGCGUGGUUUGA